AUGGAGGCGAACACGCUCAGCAGCUUGCAGAUCGGGGAGCCAGUGGACGAGGUGCUCCAAAUUCCGCCUUCGCUGCUGACAUGUGGCGGCUGCCAGCAGAACAUCGGGGACCGCUAUUUCCUGAAGGCCAUCGAUCAGUACUGGCACGAGGACUGCCUCAGCUGCGACCUGUGCGGCUGCAGGCUCGGAGAAGUGGGCAGGCGCUUGUACUACAAGCUGGGCAGGAAGCUCUGCAGAAGGGACUAUCUCAGGCUCUUUGGCCAAGAUGGCCUCUGUGCCUCCUGUGACAAGCGAAUCCGAGCUUAUGAGAUGACCAUGCGAGUGAAGGACAAAGUUUAUCACCUGGAAUGCUUCAAAUGCGCUGCCUGCCAGAAGCAUUUCUGCGUUGGGGACAGAUAUCUCCUCAUCAACUCAGACAUAGUAUGUGAACAGGACAUCUAUGAGUGGACUAAGAUAAAUGGGAUGAUAUAGCAAAGAACAUGCCUCAUAGCCUCUAAAAGACAUCUCACGGGUGACACAGAUGCGUAGCUGCAGCGAGGAGAUGAUAAGCACUUGAGCCAUGCGCUUUGUUUUACCACAGAGUAGGCCCUUUUCAGGCAGCACUACGUAGAAUUUAAACUACAUUUAAGUGAAGAAAGAAGACUGAAGCAAUAGUAGAUACACUGACUUCUGUU